GAGGACAUGACCAGCUUUCGAACAGUACACAGAUCAGGUCAAAUAUUUUUGUGUCACAUCUGCGCCACCCGCGCCUUUAUGAAGGACCUGAUCUCGAUUCAGCUUGAAUCGUCUUGUUUUGUAAAACAAAUUUUACUUUUGUUGUUGUGCUGGCAGCCAUGAUUGAAACAGUACUCUGAAAAAUGAUGGCGAAUUUUUGUGUAACCUACAUUUUAGUAUUAUUUAUAUAGUAUUUUGUCCAAUAUUGCUUUGAAUUGUGUGAUAAUGGCUCUAGGACCUAGUGCUCUGACUUCUGACAUCAGCAGAAGAAAUCCUCAAGAUGAAUAUGAACUUAUACAAAGGAUCGGGAGUGGUACCUAUGGGGACGUGUAUAAGGCUAAGCAACUGUCCACAAAUGAUUAUGCAGCAAUCAAAGUCAUAAAACUAGAACCAGGGGAUGACUUUGCUGUAAUUCAGCAAGAAAUUUUAAUGAUGAAAGAUUGUAGGCAUCCAAACAUAAUUGCGUACUUUGGCAGUUAUCUUAGGAGAGACAAACUAUGGAUUUGUAUGGAAUUUUGUGGGGGAGGAUCGCUACAAGAUAUUUACCACAUCACAGGGCCACUUACUGAACUUCAGAUAGCCUUCAUGUGUAGAGAAACUCUCCACGGUUUGGCUUACCUUCAUGGAAUGGGUAAAAUGCAUAGGGAUAUUAAGGGUGCCAAUAUUCUUCUAACAGAAGAUGGAGAUGUGAAACUUGCAGAUUUUGGUGUGUCCGCCCAGAUUACUGCAACAAUAAAUAAAAGGAAAUCCUUCAUUGGGACACCCUAUUGGAUGGCGCCUGAGGUUGCAGCUGUGGAGCGAAAGGGAGGAUACAAUCAGCUUUGUGACAUUUGGGCAAUUGGUAUAACUGCCAUAGAAUUGGCUGAACUUCAGCCACCAAUGUUUGAUCUUCAUCCCAUGCGAGCAUUAUUUCUAAUGAGCAAGUCAGGAUUCAAACCGCCAGCAUUGAAGGACCGAGACAAAUGGAGUCCUACUUUUCACAGUUUUGUAAAGACUGCUCUUACUAAAAAUCCAAAAAAGAGGCCAACUGCUGACAAAUUAUUACAGCAUGUGUUUUUCCAAAGUGACAUGAGCAAGAGACUGGCUCUUGAACUACUUCAGAAAGUUAAUAAUCCAUCUCACAUGUUCUCAGACUUGGAAGUGGAUGAUGAUGGAACUGUUCUCAAUGUACCUCAAAGAAUUGCAUCAAGACACACAGCUCGUGCAAAACGAAGACUAUCGUCACAACAAGGCGGGAAUGCUGAGGGAGCCAACCAACAGCCAUCAUCAUCUAGGUACCCUGAUUGGGAUGUGAUUGAUGUUUUAGAUACUCUUGAUAAUGACCCUGACUGUGAUACAAGUAAUGAGUGGGCUAAAGGAAACAUCUUUGAAAGCGGCAGUGAGAAGAUCAGUAAGCGAUUUGGAAGGGCUACAAACUUUGCAGAACAUUAUGCAGCUCCUUAUCCAGCACCCUAUGCAGCCCCUCAUGCUGCAAAUUAUGCUGCAAAUUACGCAGGACACUAUUCAGAAAUGCAACGUCAUGGAUGCAUGUGUCGUAAGUCCUACCUUCCUUGCAGUGGUGCAUCUUUCUUUCAAAUGACUUUAAGGACUUUGCUGCAGUACAUAGAUGAAGAACUUGUUAUGAGGGGGAACUCCCCGUACAAGCUGUCUGCACAGGAUGAGCAGUUUUUUCUGCAAGCCACCCUACCCAUGGGAGAGUCUUCAAUGAGUGGCCAGUACAAUCAAAAUUUUGCCACAUCAGGCACAGGUGGAUCCCCCCGCCGCCAUAGCUCAGUGGAUGAGAUUCUAGGAUUGACUGCUACUCUUACAUUGAAUGGACAACGGCAAAGAUCUCUAAGUGACAGUAGAGCAUCUGAGAAUAAAUCAGUCAAUGGUGAUGGGGAUGCUUCUGGUGCCCCUGUUGAACCCGACCUGAUCCCUCACACGCCCCCGGUUCCUCCUCGGCGGAGGGACAAAAAGAGGCAUACACCUCCAAGACCAGCUAGCAAUGGACUUCCUCCAACUCCUAAAGUGCACAUGGGAGCCUGCUUUUCAAAGGUUUUCAACGGCUGUCCUUUAAGAAUCCACUGCACUGCAAGUUGGAUUCAUCCAGACACCAGGGAUCAGCACAUUCUCAUUGGUGCAGAGGAAGGCAUUUAUAACCUGAACCUCAAUGAGUUGCAUGAGACUGCUAUUGAUCAGUUGUAUGCAAGGCGCACAACCUGGAUGUAUGUCAUCAAGGAUGUGCUUAUGUCAUUGUCAGGCAAGACGCCACAACUUUAUAGGCAUGACCUUUUAGCUCUUCACGGAAAGCAGUCCCACAGAUUUUCAAUGCAUGUUAAUAAGAUACCUGAGCGGCUGGUUCCGCGUAAAUUUGCAUUAACUACCAAAGUUCCAGACACUAAGGGUUGUUCACGUUGUUGUGUUGGACGGAAUCCCUACAAUGGUUACAAGUAUCUGUGUGGGGCAUCACCAACAGGCAUAUUUCUAAUGCAGUGGUAUGACCCACUUAACAAAUUUAUGCAUUUAAAGCACUGUGAAUGCCCGCUGCCCUCACCCUUGUCUGUUUUUGAGAUGAUAAUCACCCCAGAAAUGGAGUAUCCUAUGGUUUGUGUUAGUGUGAAGCGAGGGUAUCAAACUGAUCGACUCAAACUUGAUCUUAUCAACAUGAACUCUGGGUCAAGUUGGUUCCAUAGUGAUGAACUUGAAGACAUGGACGGAGCCGCUACUGUGAUCCCUAGACGGGAAAAUGUGAAGGUUGUUCAACUCACACAGCUGGACAAAGACGCCAUUCUUGUGUGUUAUGAUAGUACUGUAAAAAUUGUGACGCUUGAAGGGAAAUUACGUAAUAGCAGAAAACAAGUUUCAGAACUUAACUUCAGUUUUCGUGUUCAAUCAGUUGUUUGUCUUCCAGACAGCGUGCUUGCAUUCCACAAAAAUGGAAUGACUGGACGCAGUCUGAAAAAUGGUGAAAUCACUCAAGAAAUCAAUGACCUUAGCAGAGUUUAUAGAUUAUUGGGGAGUGAUAAGGCUGUGAUGCUGGAAAGUCAUUUAAGCAGUGAUGUCUCAAGAGGAGGAACCCUGACUGAGCCAGAAGGAAUGGACCUCUACAUCCUUGCUGGACAUGAAGCCAGCUACUGAAGGCAACGGUAUUCUGUCUGUGCUCAACUCCUGAAGUGGAUUGCACUCCAAGGUCAAUAAGUGCAAAGAAGGGAUCCCUCUCAGCAGAAUUUGAUCUGCUAAUUUUUGUUUAUGCCAAAGAAUUGUACUUCUAGUACUUCUACUUUAGGAACUGAUUGAGGGCUACUAACUUUUAGCUCAUCAAAACUGUCUGCUCAAAAGAAGAAAGAAAGUAUUAUUAUAAAUUGACUGAUAAUUGUCUAGAAAUUUUUCAUUGUAUCUGCGGCCUCAGUUGGUAGGCUUGUUGAACAUUGGAUGAAGGAAGUGCAAAAUAAUGUUUUGGGGGGAACUUUUGUGUUUGUAAUAUUUCCUCUAUUGUUCAAUGCAGUUUCCAUAGAUUUCUGCUCCUAGCAUUCAUUUAUUUUCAUGCAAGUCUAGAUAAAGCUCAGGGAUAUAGUUUGUCAUGAUGCUGCAACUUCUAGUGUUCUAUUUUCAUACCAUCACUUUGAUGUUCCCAUGCUACUUUUUCAAGAAAUUGUCUUCCUGUCCUGAAUGUUCCAAUCUCAACAAUGAAUUUUGCUGUAUUACUGUAUCUGUUCAAGAUUUAAGCAUCAGCCUUCCUAUUCCUAGUUCACUCCAGGGUGUAGGAGGGCAAUGUGUAAAACACAACCAAAUGCAGCAUUUCAUGAAUUUUGAUUGUAUAUACUUAGACAAGAUCAUUACUUUAUUUUUGUUGAAAAUGAAAUUAAAUAAAUAAGCAACAUUAUAAAUCUAGGAUAGUGGAAAAGGUAUUUCUCAAAUUAUUUGGGGGAUUCUUUGAGCGAUGGUGUAGCAGAACCCCUUAAAGAUAGAUACUUGUCUUGAUGCUCAGUGUAAAGAUUACUAUAACAUUUAUUGUGAAGCAAAUCUCAUGAUCCUCAAAUCUUAUUCUGGAAGAACUUUGCAUAACAGUGAGUGCCAUAUUGGCUUCUUCCAAAAACAUCCAACUUCUGCAACUAUUAUCUAACAUAUCUUAUGAUGGUAUUGCUAACCUUAUAUUUUUUAGACUUUCUGUGCCUGUAGAUAUUGUAUUAUGUAUGUGUGUUCAGUGAUUGCUGAUGUGACCCCAGGGUCAGGGAAGACCAUAACAUAUUAGUGUCAACACAUGUAAUGUUUUUGACAAAUUUUAGGCAAUGGUAAACUUUUUAACAUCACAACUUUUCAUAAGGUAGCGUAUUCCACAGUUCAUUUUUUUAUGGCUGUGUGCUUUUACUGUUAGCAGCACUGUGAAUACACCAAACCAAAAAAUUUAAAACUUUUCUUUUAUCAUGUGCUCUGCAAUUGACCGACAUGAGACUUUUCCUGCAUUUAUUGAUGUAUGCUUAGCAAGGAUUAAUCAAAGUAUUGUAUGGCAGUAACUAUGCAACCCCAUACAUUCAAUAUGUAUUAUCAGUCUAUUGUUGGUUGAGCUGCUGUGCAAGGUUCAGGGUGUUAACACCAGGAACCUAAUGUAAUAUCCAAGUCCAUGAAUUGUUACAUUGAAUGGCAUUUAAAUAUUCUAUGACUUGUGUAGGGUCGUCUUCAAAUUGCAUUUGUCUCUUGAGCAGUCAACAAUAGCCAUUUGUGAACUUUCUCUCCUUUGUGCUCUUUGAUUUUCCAGUUGUCAUUCCACUUCUUUUAUUGAUGUCUUUUUCUUAGAACCCUUGUGUAUUGUUUUUAUUGCAGUAUGUGCGUUUGUGAAGUUUUAAAAUAUGAACUGAAGACUGUUUGGUUAAUUAAGCCUCCCAUUUGAAUCAUUUGAAAGAAAUUAAAUGUACCUUCUUUACUA